CUCGGUUGUCAAACAUGGCUGAAGUGCCGCCGCUGCCGCUACUGCGGCUGCAGGGAAAAUGCUGAGCCCUCCCGGGCCGGGUGGGCGGCGGCGGCGAGGGCGGCUACGGGCACCUGCUUCUCCAGCGCGGCGGCGGCGGCCAUGGCUCGGCUGGCUGACUACUUCAUCGUAGUAGGCUACGACCACGAGAAGCCAGGGUCAGGAGCAGGUCUGGGGAAAAUAAUCCAGAGAUUUCCGCAGAAGGACUGGGAUGAUACACCUUUUCCACAGGGAAUUGAAUUGUUUUGUCAGCCUGGCGGGUGGCAGCUGUCCAGAGAAAGGAAGCAGCCAACAUUUUUUGUGGUGGUCCUGACAGAUAUUGACUCAGAUCGACAUUACUGCUCGUGCCUGACCUUCUAUGAGGCAGAAAUCAAUCUUCAGGGAACAAAGAAGGAAGAGAUUGAAGGUGAAGUGGAAGUGUCUGGUUUAAUUCAGCCUGCAGAAGUGUUUGCUCCCAAAAGCCUGGUGUUGGUAUCCAGAUUAGAUUAUCCAGAAAUUUUUAGGGCUUGCCUAGGUUUGAUCUACACUGUGUAUGUGGAUAGUCUGAAUGUCUCCUUGGAAAGUCUCAUUGCAAACCUGUGUGCAUGCCUUGUCCCAGCGGCUGGAGGGUCUCAGAAGCUGUUUUCCUUGGGUGCAGGAGACAGACAGCUGAUCCAGACUCCUUUGCAUGAUAGUCUUCCUGUCACAGGCACUAGCGUCGCUCUUCUGUUUCAGCAGUUGGGAAUUCAAAAUGUCCUCAGCCUCUUUUGUGCAGUUCUCACAGAAAAUAAGGUUCUCUUCCAUUCUGCAAGUUUCCAAAGACUUAGUGAUGCUUGCAGAGCCCUGGAAUCUUUAAUGUUUCCUCUUAAAUAUAGUUAUCCUUAUAUUCCCAUUCUCCCGGCUCAGCUACUGGAAGUUCUAAGUUCCCCAACACCUUUCAUUAUUGGAGUACAUUCUAUCUUUAAAACUGAUAUCCAUGAACUUCUAGAUGUAAUCAUAGCAGAUUUGGAUGGAGGCACUAUAAAAAUUCCUGAAUGUAUUCACCUCUCUUCCCUCCCGGAACCACUUCUACAUCAGACUCAAGCAGCUCUUUCUUUGAUUCUACAUCCAGAUUUGGAAGUAGCAGAUCAUGCUUUUCCCCCUCCACGAACAGCUUUAUCCCACUCAAAAAUGCUGGAUAAAGAAGUACGUGCAGUUUUUCUUAGAUUAUUUGCACAACUUUUCCAAGGGUAUAGAUCAUGCCUACAGCUUAUAAGAAUUCAUGCAGAACCAGUAAUACAUUUUCACAAGACAGCUUUUUUGGGGCAGCGUGGUUUGGUUGAGAAUGAUUUCCUCACCAAAGUUCUCAAUGGAAUGGCAUUUGCAGGUUUUGUUUCAGAAAGAGGUCCUCCAUUUAGAUCCUGUGAUCUCUUUGAUGAGUUGGUAGCUUUUGAAGUAGAGCGAAUUAAAGUUGAAGAAAAUAACCCAUUGAAGAUAAUAAAGCAUGUCAGAGAACUUGCCGAGCAACUAUUCAAAAAUGAGAAUCCCAACCCUCAUAUGGCAUUCCAGAAAGUUCCACGCCCGACAGAAGGAUCCCACUUGCGAGUUCAUAUUCUUCCUUUCCCAAAGAUUAAUGAAACUCGGGUACAGGAAUUAAUACAAGAAAAUCUUGCUAAGAACCAGAACGCACCUCCUGCUUCACGAGUGGAAAAGAAAUGUGUUGUGCCAGCAGGUCCACCUGUUGUUUCGAUAAUGGAUAAGGUGACAACAGUUUUCAACAGUGCACAGAGAUUGGAAGUUGUUAGAAACUGCAUCUCAUUCAUAUUUGAAAAUAAAACAUUGGAGACUGAAAAGACCCUUCCAGCUGCACUGAGAGCCCUUAAAGGAAAGGCAGCAAGACAGUGUCUCACCGAUGAGUUGGGUUUACAUGUCCAGCAAAACCGGGCUAUAUUAGACCAUCAACAGUUUGACUAUAUAGUAAGGAUGAUGAACUGUACACUACAGGAUUGUUCAAGUUUAGAAGAAUAUAACAUUGCUGCAGCAUUGCUCCCUUUGACCAGUGCUUUCUACAGGAAACUGGCCCCUGGAGUCAGCCAGUUUGCUUACACCUGUGUUCAGGACCACCCCAUUUGGACAAAUCAGCAAUUUUGGGAGACAACCUUCUACAAUGCAGUGCAGGAACAGGUGCGCUCCCUUUAUCUCUCAGCCACAGAAGACAAUCAUGCCCCACAUCUGAAGCGAAAGGAGAAGCUUCCAGAUGACCGGAAUCAGGAGAAGACAGCAAUGGACCUGGCAGCUGAGCAGCUACGCCUUUGGCCUUCUCUGAGCAAAGUAACUCAGCAGGAGCUGGUGCAGCGUGAGGAAAGCACUGUCUUCAGUCAGGCCAUUCAUUUUGCAAACCUCAUGGUCAACCUGCUAGUUCCACUGGAUACGAGUAAAAACAAGCUCCUGAGAACGUCGGCACCAGGAGACUGGGAGAGUGGAAGCAACAGCAUUGUCACGAACAGUAUUGCAGGAAGCGUAGCUGAGAGCUAUGAUACAGAAAGUGGGUUUGAAGAUUCAGAGAAUAAUGACAUCGCCAAUUCUGUUGUGCGAUUCAUUACCCGAUUUAUUGACAAGGUUUGCACAGAGAGUGGAGUUACUCAGGAUCACAUCAAGAGCCUUCAUUGCAUGAUACCAGGAAUUGUAGCUAUGCACAUUGAGACCCUAGAAGCAGUACAUCGAGAGAGCAGAAGACUCCCACCUAUACAGAAGCCCAAGAUUCUCAGGCCUGCUCUCCUGCCAGGAGAAGAAAUCGUCUGUGAAGGUCUUCGAGUCCUGCUAGACCCUGAUGGAAGAGAAGAAGCUACUGGAGGCCUUCUUGGAGGCCCUCAGCUCCUGCCAGCAGAAGGAGCCUUGUUCCUUACCACAUAUAGAAUUCUUUUCAGGGGGACUCCCCAUGAUCAGCUAGUUGGUGAGCAGACAGUUGUGCGGAGUUUUCCUAUUGCCUCCAUCACCAAGGAGAAGAAGAUUACCAUGCAGAACCAGCUGCAGCAGAACAUGCAAGAGGGACUACAGAUUACAUCAGCAUCUUUUCAGUUGAUUAAAGUAGCGUUUGAUGAAGAAGUGAGUCCAGAGGUAGUAGAGAUCUUUAAGAAACAGCUAAUGAAGUUCCGUUAUCCUCAGUCCAUUUUCACCACCUUUGCUUUUGCUGCUGGACAAACUACCCCACAAAUAAUUUUACCCAAACAGAAGGAAAAGAACACAUCCUUCCGCACCUUCUCAAAAACAAUUGUGAAAGGUGCCAAAAGGGCAGGGAAAAUGACAAUUGGGCGGCAGUAUUUAUUGAAGAGGAGGACAGGGACAAUUGUGGAAGAGAGAGUGAAUCGUCCUGGAUGGAAUGAAGAAGAUGAUAUAUCAGUUUCAGAUGAUAGUGAACUCCCCACAAGUACCACUCUGAAGGCAUCAGAGAAGUCUACAAUGGAACAGUUAGUGGAAAAAGCAUGUUUCAGAGACUAUCAGCGUUUAGGUCUGGGAACCAUAAGUGGCACCUCUUCUCGCUCAAAACCAGAGUAUUUUCGAAUCACUGCCUCCAAUAGGAUGUAUUCACUCUGCCGAAGCUAUCCUGGCCUUUUAGUUGUACCUCAAGCUAUACAAGACAGUAGUUUACCAAGAGUUGCCCGCUGCUAUCGACACAAUCGCCUGCCUGUUGUAUGUUGGAAGAACUCAAGAAGUAGUACCCUGCUUCUCCGGUCUGGAGGAUUCCAUGGGAAGGGAGUAGUUGGUCUUUUCAAAUCUCAGAACUCCCCUCAGGCAGCUCCUACCUCCUCCUUAGAAUCUUCCAGUAGCAUAGAACAAGAAAAAUACCUGCAAGCCUUACUGAAUGCAGUUUCUAUCCAUCAGAAACUCAGUGGCAAUAACACCCUUACUGUCAGGCCAGCACUUGCUCUGUCUCCAGGGACUGAAAGGAGGACUUCAAGAAUGUCCACUGUGCUUAAGCAGGUAGUGCCAGGACAUUUGGAUGUAAACCCAUCCAAUAGCUUUGCUCGAGGAGGUGUAUGGGCAAGUCUUCGCUCUAGCACUCGCCUGAUCAGCUCUCCAACCUCUUUCAUUGAUGUUGGUGCCCGGCUGGCAGGCAGGGACCACUCGGCCUCCUUUAGUAACAGCACCUACUUGCAAAACCAGCUCUCAAAACGCCAAGCAGCCCUUUAUAUAUUUGGUGAAAAGUCGCAACUAAGGAACUUCAAGUUAGAAUUUGCUUUAAAUUGUGAGUUUGUUCCUGUUGAAUUUCAUGACAUCCGACAAGUUAAAGCCAGUUUUAAAAAACUGAUGAGGGCUUGUGUCCCAAGCACCAUCCCUACCGACUCAGAAGUGACCUUCCUGAAAGCCCUGGGAGACUCUGAGUGGUUCCCACAGCUUCACAGGAUAAUGCAGCUCGCUGUGGUUGUAUCAGAAGUACUUGAGAAUGGUUCCUCAGUUUUGGUCUGUUUGGAGGAAGGCUGGGACAUCACUGCACAAGUGACAUCCCUGGUUCAGUUACUCAGUGAUCCCUUUUAUAGGACACUUGAAGGCUUCCGGAUGUUGGUCGAAAAAGAAUGGCUUUCUUUUGGUCAUAAAUUCAGUCAGCGGAGCAGCUUGACCCUCAACUGUCAGGGUAGUGGUUUUACUCCAGUCUUCCUGCAGUUCUUAGACUGCGUACACCAGGUUCACAACCAAUAUCCAACAGAGUUUGAAUUCAAUCUCUAUUACUUAAAGUUCUUGGCUUUCCACUAUGUGUCUAAUCGCUUUAAAACAUUUCUCCUGGAUUCGGACUAUGAAAGAUUAGAGCAUGGAACUUUGUUUGAUGAUAAAGGAGACAAGCAUGCCAAAAAAGGAAUUUGUAUUUGGGAGUGUAUCGAUAGAAUGCACAAGAGGAGUCCCAUUUUCUUUAAUUAUUUAUAUUCACCAGUAGAAAUAGAGGCCCUGAAGCCCAAUGUAAAUGUCUCCAGCCUCAAGAAGUGGGAUUACUACAUAGAGGAAACCCUUUCCACAGGGCCUUCAUAUGACUGGAUGAUGCUAACUCCCAAGCAGUUCCCCUGUGAGGACUCUGAAGCAGCCGGCGGAGCUGGGCCCCAGAGCCAAAGGAGAACGGUGUGGCCAUGCUAUGACGAUGUCGGCUGUGCUCAGCCUGAUGCACUCACCAGCCUCUUCGGUGAAAUUGAAAAAUUGGAGCAUAAAUUGAACCAAACCCCUGAGAAGUGGCAGCAGCUGUGGGAAAGAGUAACAGUGGACCUUAAGGAAGAACCCAGAGCAGACCGUCUGCAGAGACACCCUUCAGGCUCCCCAGGAAUUGUGUCUACCAACCUGACCUCCUGUCAGAAGAGGUCUCUGCUGCACCUCCCAGACAGCAGCGUGGGCCAGGAGCACAGUGCCAGCGUCUCCCCGUCCAAUGGCGUGGACCGCAGAGCAGCCACGCUGUACAGCCAGUACGCGUCCAGGAAUGACGAGAACAGGUCCUUCGAGGGAACGCUUUACAAAAGAGGGGCUCUGCUGAAAGGUUGGAAACCCCGUUGGUUUGUGUUGGAUGUAACAAAACAUCAGCUGCGAUACUAUGACUCAGGUGAGGACACAAACUGUAAAGGCCACAUUGAUCUGGCUGAAGUAGAAAUGGUCAUCCCUGCUGGCCCCAGCAUGGGAGCCCCAAAGCACACGAGUGACAAGGCUUUCUUUGAUCUCAAGACCAGCAAACGUGUGUAUAACUUCUGUGCCCAGGAUGGACAGAGUGCCCAGCAGUGGAUGGACAGGAUUCAGAGCUGUAUCUCUGAUGCCUGAUGUCCCUGGUCAACCCAAGCAGAAGAGGGAGGAAGGACUCAAGCUGUCAGAUAGAACAAAGUGCAUGAAUCCUUGAGGAGCUGACAGCUUCCUGUUUGGUUCUAAAGAGUCAUCCCAGGCCUGAAGUUCUCCUGCCCAGUCUUACCCAGUGCCCUCUUUGAGCAGUUGCUAUGUCUGCUUAGCCUGAUUGAAUGCAUCCCAGAGGGCUGGCCAAGAGCCCCAGGCACUCCCUGUGUCUUGCACUAGGUUGUUCUAACAGGGUCUUAGUGGUUAGGGACCAGAAGAAUGCUUCCUGAGCCAACUGUCAUCCAUCCCCUAGGCAAAAUGGCUACCACUUACUUGACUUCUUCUUGAUGAAACUAGAUCCUUUUUGUUACCAAGGUCAUAAUUUCCUUGGAGAACUUUCUGACAAGCAAAAAUCAAAACUGUCCCAGUUGAUCUUACAUUCUGUCUGGAACAGGUUUCUCAGCAGAAUAGUUCCUACUCUUACUGUCUGACCUUAGAGAUGCUCAGUUCUCUGGUGCUGCCUAAAGGUGCUUCCAUAACCCCUGCUUGGCCACUGGGGAUCAUACAAGUACCUCAGUGGCAGGCAAAGGGGGCGCACACAGGAUUCUCCUGAAGGAAAAAGAUGGCAGGGAAUGAUGCAACAAUGACCAGGCCGAUGCAGGAAAAUAUUGCUUCCAAAACACUGAAUUUUCUAGGCCAAAGGUGCCCUGAGGAUCCAGGACUUUGUGUUCCUAUGUAUUCUUCUGCUCCCUGACAGCUUCUUACACGAAAUAACAUGCAAAAAGCCGAAUGCACUAACUCACAAAAUAAACCCUUGCACUGAACUCUUAAUGAAGGGAAGAUGUCGGAAAGACAGAAGCCGGCUGUCCAUGAGCAGCACACCUGUGACAGGCUGUGUAGACAGCAGUCACACGGUGGCAUGAUCAGAUGUCCAGACAGCACUUCUGCACAUGAAGAGUAAGCACGGUCGGUAGAUUUUCUUUACUUUUGAUAAUAUUGUCUUUGUUCAGCUGAAGAUCUGAGGAAAGCUGUGUGUUCCCCGCCAGCGGCCGCAGCGAGAUCCCUGCUCACAGGCGCUGUGGCCGGCUGGAGUCAGAGGUAGCUAGAGCGUCAUUUUGAAAUGUUAAUAUGUUAAAUACCAAACUAAUAUUUCAAAAAUAUGUAUAUAUGAUUUCUAUAUCCUUGUUUUUCAGAUAGCCUACUUAUAAUUUAAUAUAAAAUUAACUGAUUCAUGCAUAAGAUUUCAGUCAUGAAAAUAGUUCCCUUUUUAAAAGAUGAAAAACCACUUUGUCUUUGUAGAUUACAAAUAAAUCAGAUUUUCAAAUUUAAAAUUAUCUACACACUAGGAAAUAGAACUGUGUUAAUAUAUAAGAAAUUGGGGAAAAAUAAGAAUGAAGGAUUUUUCUAUCAUUUUCAUUUUAUAAAUUGCCACCUGUGAAAAUGAUUUUUGCACAUUAUUUGUACUUUUUCUUUGUAUAUGAAAUAAUUUUUGUACUUUGUAAAAUAUGGAGCCCAUUGUACCUUCAGCUAUUUGAGACUGUGCACAGUGCUUCUUUUAUAACUGGAUUCUUUUAACUUUCGUAAAGGUGUUCCAUGCCUUACAGUCACUAACCACCUUGAAUUAAAUUUAUUUCUUAAGAAAAA